ACGUUGGCAAAAUAAUAUCCGGGUAGACCUUGUUGGAUAAACCGGUGUGGUGUUGGUCUCUUUUCAAGAUAUUCAAUCGUAUCACACAUACGCCUGGACGUCUACACACAACCGAGAUGGAGACUGCUGUGCUAAAACUUUACAGCGUUUUUGAAAAUCUGCGGGCACAGGUUGAUGUCCUCAAUGAGAGCAUUGAGCCACAGUUUAUUCAGAUGGCCCUGAACUUUGAGCACUCUCGUCGCAAAUGGCUGAGACUCGAGCAGGAGCUGAAUGCAUGUAAGGAGGUGCUCACCAAGGCCGAGACUGAGAGUGGGGCACUGGAAGUCAAACUCAAACAUGCCCGCAACCAAGUGGAUGUAGAAAUCCGACGGAGACAGAAAGCAGAGGCUGACUCUGCAAAGCUGGAUCGUCAGAUUCAGCUAAUCCGGGAGCUGCUGGUGUCUGAAGGUUCCAGUAAUGGCAUCAAAUUAAAUGAGGAGCAACGCUCGGCCCUGGCAUUUCUGAAUACCCAUUCCCAGAAUCCCUCAAACCUCAACAUUAGCCGGCGACUGACCACCAUUGAUGAAUCGGGCUCUAUCUUGUCAGACAUCAGUUAUGAUAAAACUGAUGAUUCCUUGGACUGGGACUCCUCUGCAAUCAGGACCGUUCGUCUCAAGAAACGGCAAAAGAGACGCUCCUCCCGAAACCACACAGAAGGACCUCCGGCUGCAGCCAAGAGAUCCCGUUCCACUGGCCGCACUUCUGAGAAAGGUAUUGAAUCUCUGGUGGCCAAGACCACAGUGACCGUGCCGACAGAUGGGAGACCCAUUGAGGCUGUUGCCACAGUUGAAGCUGUUCCCUACUGGACCAGGAGCAUACGAAAGACCGCUGGUCUGGAGUGGGACACUGCUGACACUGACUCUGUUCAGUCUAUGGAUGUGUUCAAGCAGUCCAGUCACCCUGAUGGAGGAUACAAGGCAGAGCCUAGCACUCCCCAGGGCAAUGGAGGCGUCCGUCUGCAUGAGUUUGUAUCCAAAACGGUUAUCAAGCCAGAGUCUUGUGUGCCAUGUGGUAAGAGGAUCAAGUUUGGGAAGAUUUCGCUGAAGUGUAGGGACUGCCGUGUGGUGUCCCACCCUGAGUGCCGUGAACGCUGCCCUCUGCCUUGCAUUCCAUCUAUGGCUGGAACUCCAGUCAAAAUCGGAGAGGGCACGCUGGCAAAUUAUGUGUCUACCACCUCUCCCAUGAUCCCUUCACUGGUGGUGCACUGUGUUAAUGAGAUUGAGCAGAGAGGCCUACAUGAGACUGGGUUAUAUCGAGUGUCUGGCUCUGAUCGAGUUAUAAAGGAACUGAAAGAGAAGUUCCUGCAUGGAAAGACUGUACCGCUAGUCAGCAAGGUGGAUGACAUACAUGCCAUCACUGGUCUCCUCAAGGACUUCUUAAGGAACCUCAAAGAGCCCCUGCUAACCUUCCGUCUCAACUGUGCAUUCAUGGAUGCUGCAGAGCUGUCCGAUGAUGACAACAGCAUCGCACUGACUUAUCAGAACAUCAGUGAUCUACCACAGCCGAACAGAGACACUCUUGCUUUCCUCAUCAUCCACUUGCAGAGAGUGGCCCAGAGCACAGACACAAAGAUGGACAUCUACAAUCUGGCUCGAGUUUUUGGACCCACAAUCGUGGGGCAUGCUGUGCCAGACCCAGAUCCAAUGACCAUCCUUCAUGAUACCAAACGACAGCCAAAAGUGGUUGAGCGUCUAUUGGGUCUGCCUGUGGAGUACUGGAACCAGUUCAUGAUCCGCGACAAUGACCAGGCUCACAAUGAUCACAUGAUUAUUGAAAACUCCAAUGUCCAUGCCACUCCUGAUCAGAAAAUAAGUAUGUUUGGGCCCGUCACGACCCCAGACCAGCAGAUGAGCAAGACGCCAUCAUCAAGCUCUCUUUCCCAACGCAUGAAAAACGCAACUCUCAACGCAAUCACUCCAAAGUUUGCUAGCAGGAGUCGAGCUGCCGUUGCCAUCCCUCGCCAGGGAAACUUCUUUGCUUCGCCUCUUCUGAAGUAGCCCUGAAGCGGUUUACCCUCUCAUGGCUUAAGAGUUUUUUUUUUGUUGGGAAACCACUGCAAUAUAUAACACUAUCCUUAUUGCUUAUUUUAUAUUUGAUUUGUCCACCAAUAAUGGCUUCCAUCCAUAUUAACGCUCAUUUUAUCUGUUCAGUAUUUUCUAGUAACAUUUUGUAUUUGUCACUUUUUAAGCAUUUUAAUGUACUGUUACCCUCCUCAAUCGAAGGGGUGGACUAAUACAAGCUCUUCCAUUAGUCCAUAAAUCCUCAUAAAAUAGCUACUGGAACCAUGCCAGUUUGGGAGUUCUUUAUCAAGAAACCUAAACCUGAUCGUAGAAAAAACGAUGAUUAUACUAUGUUCAAUAUUUGUAUAUAGUGUAAUCUGGAACUGUAAUCUAGUGUAAUGUUUUUAUACUUUGCUUUAUGCUUUACAUGAAACCACAAGAGGAAUCUCAACAUCGUUGAGGGUUCAAGGCUAUAAUGACCCUUCAGAUCGAGCUAUUUAAUGUGUGCACUCUGUAUUUAAACUCAUUUCAUUGUUAAUGUAAUAUUGAAUCAGGAGUGUUAGAUUGUGGAAAUUAAACCAUUCAUUUGUGGUGUUUCCUGUACACUGGCACUUUGAACCCUCUGAGAAGUGAUUCAGGAUGGAAUGAAAAAAAUCAAGGGGUUAUUACUAUGCAAAUUGUAUGCAAAAACACAAACUGAGUUUUGUGAGUCUUGAGUUUUGUCUUUUAGCUUCAUGAUUAUGUUUUUGAUCGAAAAUGUACAUGUCCAUAUUUCAAAGACACUUCGUUCAUAGAUCCUUGGAACCAAUCAGCAAUGUAUGUUUUCAGAUUUGGCUUCCAUUACAUUGAUUUGUCUAUAUGCUGUUUCGGCUCCAUUUUAAUGUAUUCAAAGCUCCCGUAUUUAAAGUAGAAUCAAAGCAUGGUGUCCUCAAAGUGAUUUUAUCAUAGGACUUCAUAUACUUUGUCCAGUUUGUUAAAUGUAUACUGAUAAUUUCCUUUCAGUAGUGCAACUCCAGAAGAGAACAGUGAAAAUUCUGGACCAGUACUUGUAUGCGGAUCUGUCAAGUCUUUUUAUUGUUUAAAAAGCGCCACCUUUAAUCGAGAGGAACAUUGAGUGGGGUUGAUUUAUCCAUUCCAAUUGCAAUUCCAAUAGCUUUUCAUCUUGAGUGGUGUGACACUUUGUAAGACUUGUGCUGUUUGUAAAAUAUAGU